UUCAAAUUCAGAGAUUCAUUUCGCAAUUGAUCCAAAAUUCUAGACUUUUUGGUGUUGUUCUCCAAGACCCAUUCUUGGUUUCUUGAAAACUGGGAGGCCCAGAUAAGAAUCCAUCCGAUUUGAGUUGAAAAUUUGGGAAUUGAUUCUUGGUUUUUCGCGGCGGCCAUGGCGACGCUAGCUCCGGGGGUUUUGUUGAAGCUACUGGACGGGAUGAAUUCCGGGGUUAAGGCGACGAGCGAGCACAGGAGUUCUCUGUUGCAGGUGACAGACAUUGUUCCGGCGGAGCUUGAUGACAACGAUCUAUGGCCGAAACACGGUUUCUACAUAAAGGUUUCAGAUUCUUCACACUCCAUAUAUGUUAGUCUGCCAUUUGAGCAAGAUGAUCUUGUUCUCAGCAACAAAAUGCAGCUUGGGCAGUUCAUUUAUGUGGACAGAUUGGAGCAGGGAUCGCCGGUUCCUGUGGCGAGAGGCGCUAAGCCAUUGCCGGGGAGGCACCCAUUGGUGGGAACUCCAGAGCCCUUGAUGGGGUUGAGGGAAAAGGGAGACAAAAAUAACCCUAAUUUCUCAGCCCCAAGAAGGGGGUCUUGGGGGACACCCCAAAUUGGGGCUUCUCCACUGGUUAGGAAGCCAGUCCCUCUUGAUUUUGAUCAAAUCACACCUGUAAAACAUGGUGGGAAUGUUCCAAUGUCUCCGGUUAUUCGGGGAAGAGGAGUAGGGAAGGAUGAAAGUGGGCUGAGAUCUUCGGUUGGUGGCGCGUUGCUGUCUAAAUUCGUCGAGGCUAAAGUGGAAAGUAGUCCUGCUUUGGUGAGGAAGAGUUGUGCCACUCCCACCAUGCUCAAAUUUCCCAGGAGCAGAAGUUUAGGCAAUCGUGGCGCCGGAUCAAGAAUCAUCAAAAGCCCUUUACCCUCAUCUGAAAAGAAAAGUUGCUCUCCACCUCCAAAUUCAAGGAAUUCAAAGAUGGCAGCUUCUCCCAAUACUUGUGCAGAAUCACAGAACCCCCUUCCAUGUCCAAAAACUUCUACUGUAUUGCAACCUCAGUGUCUUGAUUCACCCCCGGAUAAUGGUAGCCUGCCCAUGAAUCUGCCUGGAAAGCUAAGCAUGUUGGGGAAGGAAGCUGUACAGCAGCGCGAAAAGGCGCAGAAGGUUGCUCUUCAAGCACUAAGGGAUGCAUCAGCCACAGAAAACUUAGUCCGUUCUCUCAAGAUGUUUUCAAACUUGAGCAGAGCAGCAAAAGCAGAAGCCCCAGCAGCCUCAUUUGAUCAGUUCCUUGAAUUCUAUGAACAAUUAGUGCAAGCGAAAGCGGAGAUGGUAUCGAUUCAGGCAGCCAUUGCAGCCUCAGAAAUGGCUCAAAAUCCAAACAUUGAACCAAAAGGAGGAGGAAAAGAGCAUGAAAACAACCACCAAUCCCCCUCGGUUCUGCACGAAACAACAGCCGAAGAAAAGAGAAACUCAGACUCAAAGAGAAGGGCUGCACUUUACAAAUCAAUUGCAUCCUUCCCAGAAAGAAGUGACCAGAAAUCAUCAAUCCUGGGAAAACAUCUCAGAUCAAACCAAAAAUCUGCCUCAACUCCACUCGGAAAGCUGCUGUUGCAGCAGCAGCAAGCUGAGUCGAGUGUUGAGAACGACGAGAACAAGAAACCUGGGGGGGCUUCUUCUAUUAGUGGCUUAUCCAAUACAAUCAAAUUGGGGCAGCAGAUUGAAGAUGAAGCUGGGAACUGGUUCAUGGAGUUUCUAGAGAAAGCACUUGAAAAAGGCAUGAAAAACCCCAAAGUUCCUCAGUCACUUUUACUCAAAGUUAUAAACUGGGUAGAGGUGGAACAGUGUGACUCUAGCAAAAGACCAGUGCACAGUAGAGCAGCAAACAUAGCCAGGAAGUUAAGGAUUAAGGUGAAGAAUCCUUGAGAUUUUAGCCAUAAUUCUUUUGGUUAGGUUGUGUCAACUUUGUGGUUUAUUUUGUGUUUUGAGUGCCUGGAUUAUCAUGUCUUUUAUUCCACAUUCUUUUUACUAAGCCUUCUCUCUUAAGGAUAUUGCUCUUGUGUCUUAUUCCUUGUACAUUUCUUAGUUCUUAGAGCUUAAACUGGUUCUGCAAUUUGCUUGCAAACUGGAAAAACAAAGGUAUUAGUGUAUUAGUAUUUCACUAUUUCUCAUCAGCUCUUUGUAUUUUCCACUAAUAUACAGUUAGUACAAUUGUUAUACUUGCAUUA